AUGAACUCACCGCAGCGUCAAUUACCACGUACGCUCGUGGCACACUCACCGGAGCGUGAUAAACAACCGCCACCGAUCCCAACCGGUAACGACCUAGAGUCAUCUCUCCUCCAAAUCUUCACCGAUCAUCACCACAUCUCUCUCCGUCUCCGUGAAACCAUCGGUUUUGGGAUGGAGACAGAGAAAGCGAAGAAAGAAGCUGUAAGAAAUGCGGUGAGAGUGGCGGAUUUGUUGGUGGAUGGAGUGAAUGGAGGAGUGCAGGAAUCCUUCGAAAAUUUAGAUUUUUAUGUUGAAGGUGGUGGUCAUCGAUAUAUGCAAGCUCUGGCGUGCUUGUAA